AUGGAGUUUGAUAACACGAACAUCUCCGAAGCAGAUCUCACACGUCUGUUGCCCACUUGCCAGAGAUGCCGACGCCUGCGAAGGAAGUGCGACACGAAUCUGCCAGCUUGUCGAUUAUGUCAGAAGGGAAAGGCGGAAUGCACCUUCUUUGACCAUGCGUUGCAGCAAACACUGCCUCGAAGCUAUGUUCACUCCCUGUUGAACCGCCUGAGUCGACUGCGAUCCGUUCAAGCGACGGUCAAUGGGUCCGUGGAACCACUGGACGCAUUCCAAGUCGGCCAACACGAGCGCACGACAUCAACAGCUUCAUCGCAUCUUGAGAAUAAGCCACCGCAAUGGGGAACUUACACCAGCGAGCUGUCCUUCGACAAGCACUUCAUCAUCGAUCAUGCCAAUCCCACUUGUUGGCAGUUUCUCGGCAGCUCCUCCCCGUACGCUUUGGUGGUUGAGGUGCUUGUUCAUGCUCAGGCAAAACUCGGCCCCAUGGUUCACAAUCCAGAUUAUGCCGGCCCGGAAUUUUGGCUGAACGCCCAAAGCACCGAGGUUGCAGAGCCAGCGCAGCCACGAGCGACUCCAUCUCGGUCAGAGAUUGAGAUGUUGGUCAACCUGUACAUGGCAACCACCAACAUCCAGAUGGCCUUCUUCGACCCCGAUGAUAUUGCGCUCGAGAUUGACACCUAUUUACGCCUCCACGGAACUGGUGGAAAGUACCUUACUGGCAAAGAUGCCCACCAGUUCUUCCGCAUCUCCAUGAUUUGUGCCAUUGCCUCCGCAAACAAGGCAAGACACCACUCGGCUUAUGACACCGAGUCGAUGUCUUACUAUGCCGACGCAUUGCAGUGCGUGGAAGAAGUCACUUCAGAUGUAUCUGUGGACGCGCUGCAGGCUUUGUUACUGCUCAUUUGUUUUGCUGUCUUUCACCCCAGGAAAGGCGACUUCUGGAAACUGUUGGACUUCGCCUGCCGCUUGAGCGUGGAGCUCAACCUCCAUACCGAGACCAAUGACGAAUACGAAGACGAGAAGAUCAAAAGGAGGCGCAGGUGGAUAUUCUGGGGCUUGUAUUGUGUCGAAAGAACAAUUGCUCAGCACCUUGGACGGCCGUCGGAUUUGACCGAAGAGAUCAUCACAGCCGAGUAUCCAGCGACCUUGACAGAGUCCACGAUUGCGAAUCCCUCCUCAUUUCAAUUGAUUCUUAUCUCACACUUUUACCGUCUCACCUAUCUUCGCUCCGAAAUCUUUCGAGAGCUCUACCUGCCUGCCCUGGCUCCCGACCUAUCACGUCUAUGGUAUGAGCAAAGCCUAGAGCAGAUUUUAUCGUGGAGACGAGAACUGCAGUUCCUCGAUUCGUCGAUAGGCAUGGGUAGUAUGACAUGUGAGAUGAAUUUCGAGACCUCCAUCCUGUUCCUAUUCCAGCCGUUACUCCUACGCGCGUUAGCAGCUACCAAGGAACCAAUGUUGCCUCACGAAACAACCGAGAUUAUACCUCGAGAAAGCUACCACUCUGCUGUCAAGGUGGUUGAGUUUUAUAACAAAAUUCUUCGAGGCGCUGAAGGCACUCCCUGGGGCAUGUACCCAGUCACCAUUGUCUCGGCACACUACAUACACCAAGCUACUAUUACCAUCAUGGCUCAUUGUUUGCUUGCCAUUGAUGGGCGGCUACCUGUCGUGAGCUUCUCGCGAGAAUUGAGCGGGGAUGCGGAAGGACCAGUGGAUUUCAAUGGUAUCCACGAGAUUUCAGGAACGUGCCUGAUCCUGCUAAAUACAUUGUCCAAACGAUGGGCUGGCAUGGUCGGCAUACUUGAUAUCUACAAAAGCUUACAGGCCCAGGUCCUACCCAUCAUGAUGCGGAGCGGGCUAGGUUAA